AUGGUGUUCAGUCUGUACAUUGUGCUAUGCCUGGCUCCACAACUCUUGCUUGGAGUGAAAAGCUCAAUGGUAACUUUAAGUGAUAAUGGAUAUGAUGGCAUUGUAAUUGCAAUUAAUCCCAGUGUACCAGAAGAUGAAAAACUCAUUCAAAAUAUAAAGGAAAUGGUUCUUGACGCUUCCACCUAUCUGUUUAAUGCCACCAAACGAAGAGUGUAUUUCAGGAAUGUAAGCAUUUUAAUUCCAAUGACCUGGAAGUCAAAACCUGAGUAUUUAAUGCCAAAGCAAGAAUCCUAUGAGCAGGCAGACGUCGUGGUUGCUGAGCCGUAUCUGAAGUUUGGAGAUGACCCGUAUACACUUCAGUAUGGACAAUGUGGACAAAAAGGACAAUAUAUACAUUUGACGCCAAAAUUCCUGCUGACUGAUCCUUUGCCUAUUUAUGGGCCCCGAGGCAAAGUAUUUGUUCAUGAAUGGGCCCACCUCCGAUGGGGAGUAUUUGAUGAGUAUAACACUGACCAGCCUUUCUAUGUGUCCAGAAGGAACACUAUGGAAGCAACAAGAUGUUCAACUAACAUCACUGGUAUUCAUGUGGUUUUAAAAGCGUGCCAGCGGGGCACCUGCGACAUAAGGCCCUGUGAACGUGAUCCACAUUCGGGCCUGUACGAAGCAAAAUGUACAUUCAUCCCAGAAAAAUCUCAAACUGCAAAGGAAUCCAUCAUGUUUAUGCAAAACUUCAAAUCGGUGGCUGAAUUUUGCACAGCUGAGACACACAACACAGAAGCCCCAAACCUUCACAACAAAAUGUGCCACUCCCGAAGCACAUGGGAUAUAAUCAUGGCCUCGGAUGACUUUCAGAACGUAUCUCCCAUGGCAGACGCAAGGCCUCCGGCUCCUACGACAUUUUCAUUGCUCAGGUCCAAGCAGCGAACAGUCUGUUUGGUGCUUGAUAAAUCGGGAAGCAUGGACACAGAUGAUCGCCUCAUUCUAAUGAAUCAAGCAGCAGAACUCUACUUGAUUCAAAUUAUUGAAAAGGGGUCUUUGGUUGGAAUGGUCACAUUUGAUGCUGCAGCCAAAAUCCAAAAUAAUCUAACCCUAAUAACUGGUGAUAAUGCUUACCAAAGCAUCACUGAAAAUUUGCCUGAAAGAGCUGGUGGUGGAACUUCAAUUUGCGAUGGACUCAAAGCAGGAUUCAGGGUAAUCACCGGCAGUCACCAAAGUACUUCUGGUUCUGAAAUCAUAUUACUAACAGAUGGGGAAGACACUACAAUGGGAUUAUGUUUUGAGGAGGUAAAACAAAGUGGUGCCAUCAUCCACACCAUUGCUCUGGGCCCUUCUGCUGCCAAGGAACUGGAGACCCUGGCACAAAUGACUGGAGGAUAUAGUUUUUACAUCCAUAAAGAUACAACAGGACUGAUUGAUGCUUUCAGUAGAAUUUCAUCCAGAAGUGGCAGCAUCCUUCACCAGGCUGUACAGGUAGAAAGCAAAGCUUUCAAUAUUUCAGGAAGCAAAUGGAUGAAUGGUACCGUGCCUGUAGAUAGCACUAUUGGAAAUGACACUUUCUUUGUUGUCACGUGGACAAUACAAAAACCAGAAAUUUUCCUUCAAGAUCCAAAAGGAAAGAAAUAUAAAACCUCAGACUUCAAAGAAGAUAAGCUAAAUAUUCGAUCUACCCGUCUCCGGAUACCAGGUAUUGCAGAGUCAGGCACUUGGAUUUACAGCCUUCUAAAUAAUCAUAUCAACUCUCAGCUGCUAACAGUGACCGUGACCACGAGGGCAAGAAGUCCUACCACCCUCCCAGUGAUCGCAACCGCUCACAUGAGUCAAAACACAGCACAUUACCCUAGUCUGGCGAUUGUGUAUGCUCGAGUCAGCCAAGGAUUUUUGCCUGUUCUGGGAAUCAAUGUGACAGCCAUUAUAGAAAAUGAAAAUGGACAUAAAGUAAAAUUGGAUCUCUGGGACAACGGUGCAGGUGCUGAUACUGUCAAGAAUGACGGCAUCUACUCAAGGUACUUUAAAGACUACCAUGGAAAUGGUAGAUACAGCUUGAAAGUGCGUGCCCACGCAAGAAAAAACACUGCAAGACUACAUCUAAAGCAACAUCAUAAUAAAGCAAUGUAUAUACCAGGGUACGUUGAAAAUGGUACAAUUGUCGCGAAUCCAUUCAAACCUGAAGUCGCCCAUAAUGUGCUACAUCCUGGAGAAGGAGGAGACGUCAACAGAGUAGUCUCUGGGGGAGCAUUCAUUGUAUCAGGAGUCCCUGCGAACAGUGCUGCUCCCGCCCCUGUGUUCCCACCGAUCAAAAUUACAGACCUGGAAGCUAAGUUUAAAGGCGAUCGUAUUCACCUUUCCUGGACUGCUCCUGGAAACAACCUGGACGAAGGAAAGGGUAACCGCUACGUUCUGAGAAUCAGCAAGCAUUUCCAGGAUCUUCAAGCCGGUUUUGACAAAGCUGCUUUGGUGAAUACUUCUAGUCUGACGCCUAAGGAAGCUGGCUCAGAAGAAGUUUUUGAAUUUAAGCCAGAAUGUUUUACAAUAGAAAAUGGCACCAAAUUCCACUUUGCAAUUAAAGCCAUCAAUGAUGCUAAUCUCACCUCGGAGAUUUCCAACAUUGCUCAGGCAACCAAAUUCACUCCUCCACGGAAGCCGAAUCUAGGUACCAGUGCCGCUGCAAUGGGCGUGGCAGUUUGGGGGUUAGCUGUGUUUGUAUCUCUGUUUUAA